AUGGGAAGUGCAUUGAGUAAUACUGCUAAUGGCGUGGGAACUCUCGUUGGUAACGCUUUAGCGGCUCCUUUCAAAUCACUUUUUGGAAGCUCUUGCGAGGGUGUUUGUUCAGGAACAUGGGACGUUGAAUGUUUCAUAGAGCAUCUCUGUUUCUCCAAUCUAUUCCAAUUGUUGAUGGUUUCGAGGACUAAUGAGGUGGGAAUCUGUCAAUGCAUAGGGAGAAGUCUGAUUAAGAUUUGUUGGGGUUCAUGUCAAGCAUAUUGGUUUGCAUUGGAAGACAUGACAUGUUUUUUGUGGUAUAAGCUAAAGAAUGUAGAACGGGUAAACCGUCGUCGUCGACGUAGAUUUCAAGGUGUUGAAGUUGGAUAUACAAUUAGUUCAUGUGAUGAAGAAGAAGAAGAGAAGAAGCCAAACAUGUUAUAUAGUGAUAUCGAGAUGUCGCAUAGCAGGAUGAGUAAAAAGAGAAAGUUUGUUAGGAUGCAUAGGCAGCAAGGGCAUGGCCACCAUCGACAUCACCAUGGAAUGAGAAGGUCGAAGAAGAAACAACAGCAAACUUAUCGUAGUCGACAUGCUGAGCCAGCUGCAUCAUCCAAAAAGAGAAGAAUUACCUGA